CUCCGUAUUACUCGUUCCAAAAUGGGAAAUAUGGGAUUGUUUCUGUGUGAACUGUGAAGGAGCUUCUUGCCCAAUUGUCACUUGUCAGUGAACCCACGUAGCGGCAUGCUCUUCACAGCGCUCCGCUGCAAUAUCUCCGCUAGGCUACUUACCAGUUCCACAUUCAAUCCCGUCAAACACAUCUCUUCCUCUUCUACGUCCAUUCAUUAUCCCCAAUUACCCAACCAGUGGUCAGGUCUGCAGAGCUGGAGACAUGGGACUCUGAACCACGACCGUUUUUGGGGACCCAAUGGACCGACGGUUGAACCACCGUUGCCGGAAAGCUCUGAAGAAGAAAGCUUUGGGUCGUGCCCGGUCGACUCAGGAUCUUCUCUGGCCGAAAUUGGCGCCGUGGUUCUCUCUACUCCCGACCCGCUCAAGAAAUCAAUGCUUUCCCACUUGGGUUAUUGCAGGUGGCGUGAAAAUGCACUGCCCAUCGGAGUCUUUGAACCCCCGGCUAAGCCUGCUAGACCUUCAAUUCCCAAACUGGUUUCACCAAAGCAAAUCCCGUCUCACAAACAAUUGGGUUUACCUCUUAACGCCUAUAUGCUGCAUAACCUUGCUCAUGUGGAGCUAAAUGCUAUUGAUUUGGCAUGGGACACUGUUGUUCGUUUUUCACCCUAUCAUGAGCUUCUAGGUGAUGGAUUCUUUGCUGAUUUUGCUCAUGUGGCAGAUGAUGAGAGCCGCCAUUUUGCUUGGUGUUCACAGAGAUUGGCUGAGCUAGGGUUCAGCUAUGGUGAUAUGCCCGCUCACAAUCUCCUAUGGAGGGAGUGUGAUAAGACAUCUGGUGAUGUUGCUGCACGCCUGGCAGCUAUUCCGCUAGUCCAGGAGGCUAGAGGUCUAGAUGCUGGUCCUCGGCUGGUGCAAAAAUUGAUUGGCUUUGGAGACCAUAGGACUGCCGACAUUGUGGAUAGAAUAGCGACUGAAGAAGUAGCACAUGUGGCAGUUGGUGUAUACUGGUUUCUUGCUGUUUGUCAGAAAAUGAAUCGCCCACCUUCCUCUGCUUUCAAAGACUUGUUGGAGGAGUAUGAUGUGGAGUUGAAAGGACCAUUUAACUAUUUGGCUAGAGAUGAAGCAGGGAUCCCAAGGGAAUGGUACGAUCCUUUGUCAAUAAAGAAACAAGAAGAUCAAACUCAGCUUUCUGAGGUGUAUGACAGACUGGCAUGCAUAAUAUCAAUGGAAAAGGAGAACUCUCUAAUUUAAAGUUGAUUCAAACUUGUUGAUCUGGUGGAAUCAAAGCGUGUGGAUUUCUAGGAAUCAAAGUAGAACCAAAGUUGAUUAUUUACUGCAAUUUUGAGAGCUUCUAUAUCCUUGUACAGUUUGAAUUGCGCUGUGGUUGGUGUGCUGACAUCUGACUUAAAUAGGUUAGACAUGCCCAUUCCCCUGCAUAAACAAACAACACAAAUAGUGAAUGUAUAAUCAAUUAAUUAUUAAUAUAGUAGUAAUACUAAUUAUAUUUUCCAGUAACACAUUGUUCUUUGUGCUGUAAUAGUUGUAACACUUUGAUUUUUACCCUAUUGAGAUAAUCUAUUUUAACCAUAUUUAUUUAUUAGUCUU